CAUAAAUCUGAAAUUUCUUGGAACUCACAUCUAUUUAUAUAUAGUUCAUUUCCUUGAGGUGCUCUAGCCACAUACCUUUUAAACAAAUCAACAUAUCAAUGGCAUCAUCAUCUUCUUCUUCUUUAGGACCGGUCAUUUCUUUUCAAUCAUGGAAGUACCAUGUUUUUCUUAGUUUUAGAGGAGAAGAUACUCGCAAUACUUUUGUGGGCCAUCUCUACUCAGCUCUUGAACAACAAGGGAUCUACACCUACAAAGACGAUAAAACACUCCUUCGGGGGGAAUCAAUUGGUCCAUCUCUUAUGACAGCUAUCGAAAAAUCACAGGUUGCGGUCAUAGUGUUCUCUAAAAACUAUGCAGAUUCUUCAUGGUGCUUAGACGAACUUGUACAUAUCAUUAAAUGCAAGGAUACAAGAGGCCAAAUCGUGAUGCCCAUAUUCUACGACGUGGAUCCAUCUGAAGUGCGGAAACAAAAACAAAAAUACAAAGAAGCAUUUGCCAAACAUGCAUCGGAGAACAAUAAUAAGGUUGAAUCUUGGAGGAAAGCACUUGUGGAUGCAAGUAACAUUUCUGGGUGGAAACGCCAACACAAUGAGAAUGAGUCAAAGUUCAUUAAAAAAGUUGUUGACACAAUUUCACAUAGAUUGCAUCCAUUAACUUCAAGUCUGGAUAACAACUUGAUUGGAGUAGAGGCUCGCAUGAAACAUUUGAUAUCAAAGUUAGAAAUCGGGUUUGGUGGUAAGAGAAUGAUUGGAAUAUGGGGGGUUGGGGGCGGUGGCAAGACCACUCUUGCCUCUUCUGUUUAUGAUGACAUCUCUAGCAAUUUUGAUGGUUGUUGCUUUAUAAAAAAUGUUCGGAAGGAAUCAUGUAAUAAAGACGGUUUGGAAAGAUUGCAAGAAAAAAUUCUUUGUGGUGUUUUGCAACAAAAGCAAGUGGAGGUAGGGAGAGUUGAAGAAGGAAGGUGCAUGAUAAAGGAUAGGUUACGCCAUAGAAAGGUAUUAAUUGUGCUUGAUGAUGUCGAUAACCUUGAGCAGCUAGAAGAAUUAGCUGGAUCACGUGAUUGGUUUGGUGAAGGAAGCCGCAUAAUAAUCACAACGAGAGAUGAGCAUGUAUUAACUGCUCACAGAGUAGAUGUGGUUCACAAUAUCAGCUUGUUAAACAAUGAUGAGGCUAUGGAGCUCUUUUUCAAGCAUGCACCCCGGGGUUACAAACGUAUAGAAGAUUAUGAGAGGCUUUCAAAAGAUGUGGUUUCGUAUGCUGGUGGGCUCCCAUUAGCACUUCGAGUUCUAGGCCGUUUUCUAUGUGACAAAGAGAUGAAUGAGUGUAGGAGUGCAUUGGCUAGAUUGAAAGAAAUUCCAGAUGCAAAUAUUUUGGAAGUGCUAAAAAUCAGUUUUGAUAGACUUACACCCCUGGAGAAAGAGUUGUUCCUAGACAUCGCAUGUUUCUUUAGGGGAUACUGUCGAUAUACAUAUGAAGAGAGAAUGAUGAUACUUAAUGCUUGUAGUUAUUACCCUGUUAUAGGCAUAAAGGUGUUGGUACAAAAGGCUCUUAUAACUAUUUCAGAAGAUGGAGAGUUUGAUAUGCAUGAUUUGGUACAAGAAAUGGCACACUACAUUGUUCGAAGGGAACACCCCAAGAAUCCUGAAAAACAUAGUAGAGUUUGGAAAGUGGAAGAUGUUUUAAAAAUAUGUUCUGUGGAUGCAAGGAUGAACCUAGACACGAUUGAAGCUAUAGGUGUUUCGUGUUUUUGGAGUGUUGAAUCACAACAUGUUCUUCAAGUCGCUACAAACAUGAAGAAACUUCGUUGGAUUGAUUUGAAUCAGAAACCUAUUUCGAAGAAACUAUUGGCUGUGACUCCACUUUCAUUAGUUAUAAUGCCAGAAGGUUUUCCACCAAGGGACCUUUGUUGUCUAACAUUGAAAACCAUCAAUGCAAAUCAACUUUGGGAUGGUUACAAGUUUCUACCGAACUUGCGAAUGAUCAAACUUGAUUACUUGAGUAAGCUGAUGAAGACACCAGAUUUUGAUGGGCUUCCUAACCUUGAAGGAUUCAUAGUUAAUGGAUCUCGGUUGUUACAAGAGAUUCAUCCAUCAUUUGGACAUUUGCAAAAGCUUGUUUGUGUAGACAUAAGGAAUUGUGAAAAUCUUAGGAUGGUUCCACCCAUUACCCGGUCGAAGAAACUCGAGACCCUUGUACUCUCAUGGUGCACAUCAGCUUUUAAUCUUUCAAACAUCCAAGAAGGUAGUUUGGAGAAUAUUUUACCUCACAAAAUGAACCACAUAGGGCUAUCGUGUUUUAGUGGAUGCUUAAGAAAGCUGGUUCUCAGCAACUGCAGUCUGACAGAUGGAGACAUCAAUUCGGCUGCUGGUUGGGAAUUACCCAAUUUGCUAGAACUCGAUCUACAAGGAAAUGGAUUUGUCCGGUUGGAUUUUAGUCUCUUGCUACUUCCUCAGCUCAAACGGCUGAACGUGUCAUGGUGCAAACAACUUGUAGAAUUGUCAGAGUUGCCAUCAAGUAUAGCUGUUGUUAUAGCGGGUUGGUGUUACUCACUUGAAAGCUUUGGAGAUAUUUCAAACUGUAAAUGGUUGUGGCAAGUCUCAGCUUGGUAUACCAAACUUGGUGCACUUUGUGGUGACAUAUUACUAAACUCCAUGCUCCAGGGGAACGCCAAAGAUUACUUUAUCAGUAUCAAUCUUCCAGGUGUUGACAUUUGGAGGGGGGAAUCUGUACGUUGGGUCGACUGGGUGAAGACUUGUAAUAUGCCGCUUCCACCUGAUUGGUACAGUCGCUUUUCUGGGAUUUUGAUGUAUGUCGAACCUGACGUGAGAUUUGAAGGGAUCCCUGACAUAACCAUCAAGCUGGGUGUACGCAACAUUUUUCAGUCUGAGCUUGGUCAAGAGUAUAAUGAAACACUCGAGACUCAUUGUGAUCAGAUAUUUGUAGGAUAUGUUUCCUUUAGUUCAUUGAGGCGCACCGGAUGCUUGAAUUCAACAUACAACAUCAUUUUAUUUUCCUGCAAUGUGGGUUUUUAUGGAGAUGGGCACAGGUUUAGAGUUGUAUUCGUUUCUAAAGAUGAUCCGAUGCAAACACCAAAAUUCCCAACAGAUUCCUCAGAAUGUUGGGAUGGGGAAUCUGAUUACAGAAAGACAUUUAUCAUACAACAAGAUUCAAACUCCUCUAUCAAGAUUUUAUGGAAACGUCGGAUUUGGUAGACAUAUUCCCAGAGGUCAUUCGACUACCCACCAGUUUUCCCCUCCUCAUAAUCUUUUGUGUCACCAUUAAAUGAUCUGUGGUAGUACCAAUUUUACAUUCAUGAAUUGGUUGAUGUCAACCAAAUUAGUUUAUGCUGCGAAAUAUACACAAGAUCACUUUAGUCUCA